AUGAUCACAGAGCUAGUGAUGAACCGGAUCCGGCAACUACUGCUAGCAAUCGUGGGUGUGUUGAAGCGGGCGAUGUGUUGCUUCUCACGCCGCCGGAAACUGUCCGCUGGUGAGUGUGAGGUGCUGAGCACGGUCAGCGUCGAUCGGUAUCCGAAUGCCGGCCGCCACGGUAAGAACGUGCCGGAGAAGGAUUGGAACUCGUGGGACGAUUCGCCCAAAACGGUCGAGGAGCACAUAGAGCGGUACCGGGAAACGCUUGCCCAACCACCGUCGCCGACCGAACCGCAGCCCGAGAUGGACUACUUUCAGGAUAUGGCGCCACAGAUCUCAUCGCAGCCGAAAAUCUGCAUCGCCACCGAAACCGAACCGAGCGAUUUUAGCCGCUUGGUGGCGAAAAUUGACAUUCCCGUUGUGAACGAAUUAGAAGACUGGAACGAAGGUGAUAGGAAUGGGUGGGACGAUGCGGAUGAAACCACCACGAAACAGUUGAUACGGGAAACGCGCAAAGAGUUGCGGGCCCAGCGGCACCAGAACCGUCACCAGCUCGAAACAUCUUACGCAUGA